UAGCGCGCCUACCGACUUGCCGCGGCGCACUCGGCCCGAACACAGUCAGCGGGAAUCGCGUGCGCCGUUCUCAUCCAAACGAGGUGAAUAUAUUAUAACUUAAAAUAUUUACAAAAACUUUCAAGUGAUACUGCGCGUAUAACGUCAAAAGUGUGUCGUGUGUCUUUGGUAUCUCGUUUUGUUGCGGCGGAGACGAUGACGACGACGACAUCACAAAAUAUCACCGUAAAAGUGUCGUUUUCGAGCAACGUGCCGUCUGUUCUCCAGAAUAAUACUAGCGAUGUCGUUAUAAUAUCAAAACUCAAUUCGUUAUUACUCCUCGGCGGUGUACACUGAAACGUCAUAUUAUACGCGCGUGAGUGCAUCAGCCGUUACGGGCCCGGUCGUGGGAGAAGAAUAUAACAACAGGAUCCGGCUGCAGUUUAUUCGAAUUUGGUGUACAUUGUUUAAUAUUAGUCUAAUACAGUAUUAUUAACCGGUACAACGGUUGCGGUAAUAGUCGACGACCACGGACGAGAUGACCAAUCCGUACGCCCGCCCGACGGUACAGCCGCACAUCGAAGACCUGCCAUCAGACUGCGGAUUGCAGUGGCUGGGAUAUUCGUUGUGCCGGUCUUGGAUUAGAUGCGCUACAGCUGGAAAAUAUUUGACUACCAUAACACUGUUUGUUUUCUUCCAAACGGCGUCACAGAGAUACUUUUUUUCGACGUUAGAAUCAAGAAGUUAUAAUAUACCUAAAGAUAUAUCAAAUUGGCUGUGGAUUCUCAGUGGAUUUGUUCAUUUGACGCUGUCGACAUUCAUUGGAUACCGAGGGGGUAAACGCAACAAGAAUUCAUGGAUUGCAUUUUUUGGGAUCCUGCAAGGAAUUUUGGCCGUCUUACUGGCGAUGAUCAAUGCGUCCGAUCAUUAUAGUUUUCAACGACCAUCAGCUUUAGUUUUGGCCACUUUAGAUACGCCGUUAUGCGACUCUAUUCACGGUGCCCACGUAAAGGAACCGUACGUCCCGUUACACUUGGUGAAAACUGCAGUGUUGUUCUUGCUCCAAGUCAGCAUGUCACUAGGAAGCACAGCCUUAUUGGCUCUGGGUCUAGGUCUACUUGAUGAAUCAGUGGCCCCGACCAAAAUACCGGCUUGCAUAGGCGUAGUCGUCGGUUCGUCACUGCUGGGACUCCAGACAGGGUUGAUGGUGGGAAAAUUUGCAUUCCACGUGAGCGCAGAAUUCAACUUGGCCGGCGACAUCGUGUGGCUCAUUAUUGGUCUAAUACUAAUCGCCGUAUCUUUCAUCGUGGCUCUAUAUCCAAGCAGACUGGUCACGAGCCGUGCUUCGACGUUAAUACGCAACAGCCCAAUUUAUCGAAACAACAGAUACGACUUCAAGAGCACGCUUGGAAGAAUUUUCAGUAACAAGUUAAUAUUAUCCAAUAUUGCCGCCAUCGCUUGUGUGUACACAGUAUUAAUCAAUAUGUUGUACGAAGAACCUAAUUAUAUGGAAUCAGUAUUUUUCGUACCCAAACACACAAUGGAUGCAACUGAUCAAAAUACCAUAAUCAUCGAUUUUUUGAGAUUUCCUUUGGCAGCGGUUUGCGUGUUUUUAUCUGGCGUGUUAAUAUGCAUUACACAGCCAAGAGCUACGUUGUUAGCCGCCUGGAACAUUGGCAUAAUUUGUGUUGUAACUAUAUUAGUCUUCACAAGCAUGUUCCUCCGGUGUUCCAAAAUACAAGUACACAAUCAAUUAACACAUAAGUCUGAAUUAAACGAAUUCUGCAAUAAGGAUUGCAAUUGUCCGGACAAUAUUCCAUUUGAACCGGUUUGUUCAUCCAACAGCCAUAUAGUCUAUUAUUCACCCUGUCACGCCGGUUGCAGGACCCAGGAUCUGUAUUCCAGACAGGAGUACGUCGGGUGUGCUUGCGUCCAAACUGAAUCCGCCAGCAAACGCGCUUGUUAUGAUCAUAACUGCCACCAAAUGAACGUUGGAUAUCAAUCAAUUUCAGUGUUGAUACUAUCGUUAUUGGGAACUUGUAUAGUUGGCACAGUAAUUUUACUGCUCAGAAGCGUUGAACCUGAUGAUCGCUCCACAGCUUUGGGAUUCGCAGUGACUUUUAUUUGUUUGAUGGGACAUGUGCCAGGAAAGAUACUUUACCUAUUUGUCGGACAUUUAACGUGUAUUUUGUAUGACAGCAACGAUCAGUGCCGGUUAAAUGGUGCGGCAACGUUUUCCACCUACCUUAGUCUGUCCAACAUAUGUAUACUCAUGACGUCAUCAGCGCUCUAUGCGUGCGUGUGCUUAAUGUCAAGGCCAUUGCGUCCGUAUGGAACUUCGGAUUCUGCGAAAAAAUUUAUCGUUAGCUCAGUAUCGAGUCCGUUGAGUCCGUUAACUCCGCCUGGAUUUGAAGAACGAGCACCCACGCCAACCAGAAAGCCGCCGAAGAGAAGACCGUCUGACUUAACGUUUUCUGCUUCGAACACCAAUAUUGAUUUCACCAGACAUACGGACGACUAUUCGCCUAGGAGUCCCGGAACAACGCUCAGAGAAGGAGGGGUCUUAACUACAUUACUUUAAACUUUCAUAAAAUAAUGUACACACGUGAACUAUGAAGGAGAUAUUAUGUGAUCUGAAUAUCCUAUGGUUCAGGUUGAUCACGGAUGGAUAUAUUAUGCAUUAUACAGCCAUAGAGGUAUAUAAUAUAUUAUAUAUAUUAUACUACUGGUGCCUCAUUUAAGCGUAAACAAAAUCAAAAUUAAACACGUCAUACUAUUUACUUUAAAAGUGUAUUAAGUACCAAUCUAGUCUACGGCUUAAGCUGUUUAAAGGAGGAUAUAUUUUGGUCCGAACUCUUAAUCUAUUAAACUUAAUAAUAAUACUGUACUAGAAAAAAAAAAUGUAAAGAUUACGGAACUCUUAUACGUGUACUUACCUAAUCAAAAGUUGUAUUAAUGGUACGAGAGUAACCAAAACUAAUUUUAAUUUUAAAUUAUAAUUAUAAUGGUGUACCUAUAAUAGAAUAAUAAAUUAAUUGCGGUAAUGUAUAAUAUUCUUGUUUUAAUAAAUAAAUUACCAAUUUAAUUGUACUCAAUGUUAUAUAAUUUGUAACGAUUAACGAUUGACAUUUGGUUGUAGCCACUGCAGGUACCUAUUUGUGUGAAUAUAUAUUUAAUUAUAAUGUUUUUAUACAUAUUAAUGUAUCAUGGAUUUUAUUUGGUUUUAAGUUAAUUCCAUUCCCAUAUUAUAGUAGUUACAAAAUAAAAUAGGUAUUUUCAACUACCCCACUAUAACUAUAAUUUAUGAGGUAUAAACAUAAUUAUUGGCUAUAUAAUUGAGCUUAUUAAUUGUACUUAUUAUAAGUGAGCUUAUUAAUUCACAUUGAAUUAUUAUAACUUCUACUUAAUUAACGAAUAUUUUGUUGAAUCAAAAAUUAUUUAUUUUAAUUUGAUAGGUAUUAGGUUAUACAUGUAUUAUGUAUGCAAAUAAAUGGAAAUUAUUAUAUUGUAUUAGAUACAACUUUAAUUUUUCACUUCAAAUGGCUAAAUACUGCUUCUGUAGUCAAAUAAUUAUAAUUAUAUAUAUUUUUGAGAACUUGUAACUGAACCUAUUGAUUGUUUCAUUAUUAUGAUUUAAGGGUUUAUUUACAAAUCAAAGUAUUCGAAGGGUUAAUAAAAGACUUUCCAUGUUGAUAUUAGAUAGUUGAAUAAGAUGAGUCGGUAGCGAUAUAGGCCUUACGUCGGUAUCUACAUCCAGUUUUAACAUAAUAAUUUUUAACUGCUUUUUAUAUUCAUAUUAUAACAUAUUAGAUAAACAAAUUGAUAUGUUUUUAAGUAUUUCGUAAAUUUUCAUAAUUUCAUUUUAAAUUGGUACGACAUUUUAAGUUGUAUGGACUGAAUAUUUUGGCAUAAAGGUAACAGCAUUAACCAUUGUCGAUAUAUUAUUAUAUUCAUUGUUUUGUUAUUUUUGUCUAAGUCUAAUUGCUUUGAAGUGCCUAUAACCAAUAAAUAAAUUGUUAUAAAACCAUUAUAGCCUAUAGGUACCUACUUAAAAUUACAUUAGUUUUGUAUGAUAGUUAUUAGUUAGUUUUGAAAAAAUGGAUCAUUAGAAUUACGUAUUGAAAUUAUUCAGUAUAUAGAUAUUCAUUUCCGAAACCUGUUUAUUUCAUUAAAUAUAUUCUUUACUUAAUAAAUAUUUAUUACAUUUUAUUAUUAUCGUUAGGUACAUGAGGAUCAAUAUGGGUAAAAAUAUAUAAUGUCAAGUUUGUACAUUUAUAGUCAAUAGAUUUCUUUCAUUUAAUUUCUUAUUUUUAAAAGCAAAUCAAAGUUUUUGAGUAUUUAGAUAUGACUUCAUUAGGCCCUUAUUUAAUUAAUAUUAGGUGUUUAUAUAAUAUGAUAUUUAAAUAUUUAAUAUUAAUUGUAUUACCUGCCUACUGUAUACCUAAUUUAUUGUUCGUGUUCCAUGUAUUUGUUUAAAUUAAAAUAAUCUGAAUUCACUGCUUAUAUUUUCAGUUUUUUAAUAAAUAUGCACAUGACUAUACUAACCAUGUCAUUGUGAAUAUUUGAUAAUUGAUUCUUUCGUCACAAAAUAUAUAUAAUAAUAUAGUAAUUAAAUAAUUUAUAAUAUUAUCAUCAUAAUUAUACGAACAAAUUAUAAAAAUUAAAUGAUUUUUUCCCAUACAUGUUAAUACCUACCUAUGUGUUAUUUUCAUAUUGUAGUUUAUGAUUUACAUAGAUUUAAAAAAUACAUGUAGGUAUAUUGUAUAUAAUUCAUUCUAAAUUAUAUUUUAAACAAUAACUGUGACGAAAAUGUAAAUUUAAUAUUUAUGGGUUUAUUUAUAAUGUUUACCUACUUCUUGUUAUUGUCUACUUGUUUUAAAAUAUAAAAUAAUAUUAUUGUA